AUGUUGGAAAGAAAAAGUACAACUAAAUUUAUUGGUAAUGUAAUAGAAGAAGCUAAUUUGUUAGACAAAUUUUCAUCUUUAAAUAAAAUUUUACGUAUUAUGACUUAUUGUUUAAGAUUUAUAGAUAUUAAAGUACAUAAAACAUUGUUUAAAACAAGUGUUAUAAAUGCAGAUGAUUUAAAUAGGACAAAUAUUAAUUUAAUACGUAUUGUGCAAAAUAAUUAUUUUGCCAAAGAAAUUAGUUGUUUGAUAAACGGUAAAGAGGUGUCAAAGAAAAGUAAAUUGUUACGAUUGAGACCGUUUUUAGACGAUAAACAUUUAAUUAGAGUUGGUGGUAGACUGAAAAAUGCAUUGUCUAUUGAUGAAUGUCAACGUCAUCCUAUAGUGUUACUUGGUGAUAAGUCUAAAUACACGCGUUUAUUAUUUCUACGCGAACAUGAACGUUUAAUGAACGGCGGCCCGCAGGCGAUGUUAUCUGCUGUUAGAUUAAAUUAUUAG